AUGGAACUGAUAUUACGUUCAAUCCUGUGGUACUUCUUGGCUGUGCUUGUAUAUGCAAAACGGGGAGAAAUACGCAUCGCCGAUUAUAAAAACUAUUGGGAAUAUCAAGACAUCCAAAAGGCUCUAGAAAACGAGGAUCGCAAAUCGUGGAUGUUUUACCGAUCAUAUUCAGAAUACACCGGCGGCUCUCCACACACCUGCGUGUAUUCAAAUGUGGACGAAAAGACGUCGGAGGGAAGUCUUUACACAUUCGAGCAGGGAUACACAUUCUCAAAGGAAGGACAAAACGAAACGAAGACACUGAAGUUGUUUGCGACUACUUUUAUAAAAGAGUCUCUAUACACAUCAGAACGUCGCACAACUGACAAUGCAAUGAAGGUCAGUAAGACUGAAGGUGCUACAAAUGGAAGACUAUACCAGCUGAUUUACUCUGACUAUAAAAAAUGUGACAUCUUAAGAGUUAUGGAUCGAAUGAAUGGUUAUGCCUGUGAGCUCUAUCUUCACAACAACGCUGUCGAUGAUGGUGUACCUGAAAACUGUAAGACUGUAUAUGGUAAUGCAUGCGGGAAAGAUGACCCAUCCUACACGCAGCAAGUGUACUACCCGUGGUGCAAGAAGACAAUUGAAGGCCCUAAAGAGACAACUUCUGCAGAAACGACCCAAGAAGAACAGACGGAAGAAGUUACGACCGAAGCAACAUUGCCUCCUGGAUGCUGA